AUGCAAGUGGACGAGGACGCUGUGUUCGGAGACCCGCUACAUAUGGAAAAGGUCAACGAUCGUCCUGGUGACAGUGGGUUCGAGCAUCAGACCUACGUCACAUCUACUGGCGACCGCACCAACGGAGACGCGGAUGUGCUUGCCCCGGCCGUAGCCGACGAUGGCACCAUCGCCGUCGGGUCAAGCGGCGGUCACUCGAUUACGGGUGUCUUACUUGACCACAGCGCAUACCCCUGCAUCGUCGACCGAAUCAUGCAAUACGCAUCGAACAGUGUCCUGGGUGCGUUUCGAGGCACUUCAAAUCAGUUCAAGGUUAUUACGGAAACUCUUCUCUAUCGCCACGUCGCGCUCGAUGGACGUAUCGGUGGUGGCACCACUGCCUUGUCAUUUGUUGACCCGAUCAACAAAACCCGCAUCUCUGGCCUCCGCUGCACCCCAGACCUCGAAGUUAUGCAGCGAGUCCUCAAGCGUAUCCGUACUUCGACGAGAGUGAUAGAUUACCUUUGUCCCCAUGAGAGAUCCGACUGGGUUCUUUCGGUCAACAACCGGCCCAUCACUUUCGACAUCGGCCGAUUCCGCCUCCGAUCGCCGUACGGUUCUGAGGAGAAUCCUUAUGCUGAUCCCUCGUCGGGGUGGGCAACCAUCUGUCGAUUUCAGCGUACAAUUUGUCGCCUAGACGUUGACCUUUCCGACUUCGCCCACUGCUUGUUCUUGGAGGAUCUCUCGGGCAUCCUCUUUCACUACUUUCAGUGCUUCGCUAGUCCAGAGAUCACGUUCGUUGUCAACCCGACAGGAGAGAGACCAAUACCGGAGUCCGUUUUCCCCCUGAUAGUCAAAUAUUCAGACCUCCAGGGCUUUGACGUUUCCAUUAGGAACUUGGCGAAUUAUCUCUACUGGUGUGGAGCUCGGACAUUCACCCUGGUCGGGCUCGAGGCUCUUCACCCAGUGGCAGUGGUUCACCCAGAGGUUCCACAGCCUGAUAUUCUACCCGUGAUCAGCGAGGCACUCGAAGACGCCUACCGCAACCGCAGGGACCCCUUCCACGGCCCGGGCACCCUUACCAUCGACAUUGUCUCCAAGACGGAGUACGAACAGCGAUUUUCCAGUCAACACGAAAGGUCUCUGAUGCUGGGGGAGGGGCUCUGA